AACAAAGAGAAGUGUCAUAAACAAGUGCAUUUGGGAAGUGUCAUUCGACCAAUCCAAAUGGCAUCCCAACCACCUCAGCUUCACUUCGUUCUGUUUCCCCUCAUGUCCCCAGGCCACAUGCUCCCCAUGAUAGACCUGGCAACAACAUUGGCACAGCAUAACACGAUUGUUACCGUAGUCACCACCCCACAUAACGCUUCCCGUUUCUCACAUACCUUUGCUCGUGCUUCCGACUCAGGCCUUCACCUCCGAUUGCUUCAACUCCACUUUCCAUCCCAAGAUGCUGGCUUUCCCCAAGGUUGUGAGAAUUUCGACAUGCUUCCUUCAAUGAGCAUGGCCUGGAGUUUCUUCACUGCCGCAAACACCAUUCUACACGAACCGGCUGAGAAAGUGUUUGGAGAGUUAACACCAAAACCAAACUGCAUAAUCUCUGAUGUGAGUUUCCAUUACACAUCCCACAUCGCCACCAAAUUCAACAUCCCCAGAAUCUCUUUCUACGGAGUUAGUUGCUUCUGCCUCUCGUGGCAGCAAAAACUGUUCACUUCUAAGUUUAUUGAGAGCAUAGCCACGGAUUCGGAGUACUUUUUGAUACCCGACAUCCCUGACAAAGUUGAGAUCACCAAAGCACAGACGCCAAAAGGAUCAACGGAUGAAAACUGGACCGAGUUUGUUGGCAAAAUGGCCGCAGCUGAAACGGCUUCUUAUGGCGUGGUCGUGAAUUCUUUUGAGGAGUUGGAGCCAGCAUAUGCAAGUGAUUUCAAGAAAGUUAAGAAUGAUAAAGUGUGGUGUGUUGGCCCUCUUUCACUCAGAAACAGGAGCCACUUGGAUAAGGCUCAAAGAGGGAACAACACCCCAAGUGAUGAUGCGCAUAACUGCAUGAAGUGGCUUGCGAUGCAGAAACCAAAUUCAGUGAUUUACGUGUGCCUUGGAAGCAUGUGCAAUUUAACACCAUUGCAGUUGAUAGAGCUUGGUAUGGCCUUAGAAGAAUCUAAAAUACCGUUCAUUUGGGUUAUCAGGGAGAGAAAUCAAACAGAAGAAUUGAACAAGUGGAUAAAGGAAUCGAGGUUUGAGGAGAGGAGCAAGGGUUUGGGCCUUUUGGUUCGGGGUUGGGCUCCUCAGGUGCUAAUACUAUCACACCCUGCAAUUGGAGGGUUCUUAACACACUGUGGUUGGAACUCAAGCUUAGAGGCAAUAAGUGCUGGCGUGCCAAUGCUUACGUGGCCAUUGUUUGGGGAUCAAUUCUACAAUGAGAGGUUCAUUGUGCAGAUAAUAAGAGUUGGGGUGCGAGUUGGAGUGGAAAGUCCUGUGAACUGGGGCGAUGAAGAGAAAAGUGGGGUCUUGGUGAAGAAGGAAGAUCUUGUGAGAGCUAUAGAGAAGUUAAUGGAUGAGGGAAAUGAAAGAGAAGAGAGAAGAAAAAGGGUCAGAGAGCUAGCGGAGAUGGCUAAGAGAGCUGUAGAGGGAGGAUCUUCUCACGUCAAUGUGACUCAGCUACUCCAAGAUAUCAAGCAACAGUACUCCAACAAAGACUGACGAUUAUCUUUGGUUAUCAAAAACAGAUUAUCAUAUACUAUUUCCUAAGAAGUUGCUAAUUUGCUCAGCGUAUCAGUAAAAUAUAUUGAUAUCUUUUGUAAUCUUGAUUUUUCUGGAGUGUACCAAAUGAUGCUUGCCCUGUAUUUUAGCUAUCAUUUUAGUCCACUGAGGGUCAAUUAAGGGAUCAACUAAU